AUGAUGAAAGCGGUCCGAUUCCAUGGCCAGAGGGACAUUCGACUGGAUGACGUGGAAAUUGUGCAAUGCGGUAAAGGCCAAGUCAAGGUUAAACCGGCUUUCGCGGGUAUAUGUGGAAGCGAUUUGCAUGAAUACCUUGGAGGUGCAAGUCUGAUGCCAACGAGUCCUCAUCCCAUCACAAACGAGAAGGUACCUUUGACCCUGGGACACGAGUUCAGUGGGACAAUUGAGGAGGUAGGUGAAGGUGUCCAUGACAUCAAAGUGGGAUCGAGGGUCGCUGUUCAGCCAAUCAUCUACGACGGCACAUGUAAUGCGUGUAAAGAGGGAUACAUCAACUGCUGUGAUAACAAUGGCUUCGUAGGUUUAAGCGGAUGGGGUGGUGGACUCUCGGAGCAUGUAGUCGUUCCUCGAAAAGCCGUGUACGAGAUUCCAGAUAGCGUCUCGAUGGAUGUCGCUGCACUUAUUGAGCCGUUGUCUGUGGCAUGGCAUGCUGUUAACACAAGUCCUUUCAAGACAGGCGAUUCGGUUCUAAUCCUUGGUGGCGGGCCAAUUGGGCUCGCAGUAAUUCAGAUGCUUGUGGUCAAGGGUGCCGAAAAGAUCAUCGUCUCAGAAGUCGCAUCUCGCCGUCGGGAGUUUGCGAGACAGUUUGGCGCUCACUACGUCCUGGAUCCCACCAAAGACGAUAUCGUCUCGAGGGUUCGCGAUCUUUGCGAUGGCUCGGGCGUGAACGUAGCCUUCGAUGCUGCGGGAGUACAAGCUGGUCUUGACCAGGCCGUACAGGCUAUCCGCGCUAGAGGUACUCUGGUCAAUAUCGCAAUCUGGGAAAAACAAGCCACUAUCACGCCGAACUGGUUCUGCUUUAGGGAGAGAAAGUAUAUGGGCGUUGCAACGUAUCAGGACGGGGAUUUCCAGGACGUGAUCGAUGCAAUUGCCUCUGGGAAGCUCAACCCGGGGCCGAUGAUAACAGGCAAGAUUCGCAUGGAUGAAGUCGAAGAAAAGGGUUUCAAGGCACUUGUCAAUGAUAAAGAUAACCAUAUCAAGAUUCUCAUUGACAUUGGCCUGGGAGUACCCCGAGACUAG